AACCCGCUCGACGCUCAGCGCUGUGUUCAAUUUAUUUCGUCCACGAUACUCAAAAUGCACACAGCUCUCAUCAGCAACCCGGUUCGUAGCGCUGUGCUUUGCACUCGCUUGCCUUCUGCGACUCUAAACCCAAUCGCCUUCCAAUCCCCUUCCUCCCUCUAUCAAACCGUCUCGCUCAAGUCCCAAGCACGCCCAUCAAGCACCUCCACAGUACGAUUCCCCAAAGCUGCUCCUUCGCUUCAGAUUGUGUCCUCUCGACCCCAAGCGCCAAUUGCAACAUGCAUAAACCAAACGCCAUCGAUCCACUCCAACUUCUCCACGGCCGCCCGUGAAGAAGCCGCCAAGCUCGACUGGAACUCGUUCUUCAAGCUCCGUGCCUCUCGUCGGCGAUAUACCCUAGGGUCCUCGAUUGCGAGCUCAGCAGUUACCACCGUGACCGGCCUGCAGAUCCUUUCGAGCCAGAACCUGGAGAACCUAGGUGCGCAGGUUAUGGGCUUGGAUCCGUUUGUUGUUUUGGGUAUGGCGACCGCAGCCUGCGGUGCUGCCGGAUGGCUUGUCGGACCAUUCUUGGGAAAUGCCAUCUGGGGGCUUGUUAACCGGAAGUACAAGACAGCAGUCAAUGUGAAAGAAAAGGAGUUCUUCGAUAGGAUCCGGAGAUACCGAGUCGACCCCUCCUCUAACUCGAUUGCGAACCCUGUGCCCGAUUACUACGGCGAGAAGAUUGGCAGUGUCCAGGGAUACCGACAAUGGCUCAAGGACCAGCGCGCGUAUAACCGCAAGAGACGCAACUUCAUUGCCUAGAUGAUUUUUUUUCUACUUUAAAACAUAGUGUCGGCUUGUCUGCUACUUCUUCGGCAUCGCACUGUCAGCUAUCGCUUGGAUUUCCUGUCUUCAGGUUCUAUUCCUUUUGUACUAUUAUCUCUACCAACAUGCCUACAGGUUUUUGAGCGAAUAUACUGGAUUUUUUCAAACCGCGUUUCCUGUAUUGCAUUCAUUUCCUUCUUCGUAGGGCCUUCAUAGCAGUUGGUUAAUUUAGAGAAUCCAUAAUACCAUCGAC